UGCGUGCCUCUGUCUGCCUGCCUCUGCCUGCCUUCCUCUGCCUGCCUGCCUCUGCCAGCCUCUGCCUCUGCCUGCAUCUGCCUGCCUCUGCCUGUCAUCGCCUCUGCCUGCCUCCAGCCAGUCAGCCAAGCGCCAGCCAUCUACGUGCCAGCCAGCCAGCCAAGCACCAGCCAGCCAAGCAGCCAGCUUGGCAAGCGCCAGGCAGCUAGCCAGACAAGCGCCAGGCAGCAAAGCGCAAGGCAGGCAGCCAGCCAGCCACCCAAGUACCAGCCAGGCAGGAAGCCAGCCAGCCAAGCAGCCAGCCACCCAGCGAGGCAGCCAGCCAGCCAGCCAUGAGCCAGGCAGGCAGCCAGCUAGCCAGGGAGGCAGCCAGCCAGCCAGGCAGCCAACCAGGCAGGCAGCCAGGUAGGCAUCCAGCCAGGCAGCCGGCCAACCAGCCAGCCAGGCAGGCAGCCAGCCAAGCGCCAGGCAGCCAGCCAGCCAAGAAGGCAGUCAGCCAAGCACCAGGCAGCCAGCGAAGCGCCAGCCAGGCAGGCAGCCAGCCAGGCAGGCAGCCAGCCAGGCAUGCAGCUAGCCAGGCAGCCAGCCAGCCAGGCAGCCAGCCACGCGCCAGCCAGCCAAGCUUAAGGCAACCAGCCAAGCGCCAGGCAGCUAAGCGGCAGCCAGGCAGGCAGCCAGCCAGCCGAGCGCCAAGCAGCCAAGUGCCAGGCAGGCAGCCAGCCAGGCAGGUAGGCAGCCAGCCACCUAGCCAAGCACCAGCCAGUCAACCAGCCAGCCAAGCACCAGCCAGCCGUGCGCCAGGUGGCCACCCAACCAACCAGCCAAGUGCCAGGUGGCCAGCCAGCCAACCAGCCAAUCGCCAGCCAGGCAGCGAAGGGCCAGCCAGCCAAGUGCCAGCCAACCAGCCAAGCGCGAGCCAGCCAGCCAGUCAAGCGCCAGGCAGCCAGCCAGCCAGCCAGCCAGCCAAAAAAUGGAUAAGGUUUUUUUGAUGAUGGUGAGCUUGAAAUUCACCUCUUCCUGUGCAGAAGAUGUGCAGGCUUGGAGUGGCGCC